AUGGGUCGUCGGCUCAUCCGUGGUCUCUCUGGAGCCGCAGUCUUCCUUGUCAGCGUGGCUCUCCUCUCCGUGCGGCACCGUGGGGCUCCAGAAACAGCUCAGUACCCAGGGCUCAGGGAGGGGAUGUCGGAGAAGCUAGGGCGACGGAGCAAAGUGAGCCCAGAGGAUGCCACGGUAGGCAAUGGCAGGAACCAGAAGGACCUGCAAGUCCAUCCUCCGGAGGGAUACAGGACUGAGGGAAGCCUGACCCUUGGGGACAUCUUCAUAGCUGUGAAGACAACCAAGAGAUUUCACCAGAGCAGGAUGGAGCUGCUUCUGGACACGUGGAUAUCCCGAGCAAGAGAGCAGACCUACAUCUUCACUGACGAUGAAGAUGAUGCCCUGAAGAGGAGAAUGGGCGACCACGCGAUCUUCACCAACUGCUCUGCCGAGCACAGCCACCUGGCCCUCUCCUGCAAGAUGGCCGCCGAGUUCGAUGCCUUCCUGGCCAGCGGCCGGAGCUGGUUCUGCCAUUUGGAUGAUGACAACUACCUGAACCUUCGGGCCCUCCUGAAGCUCUUGUCCUCCUACUCCGCAACAUGGGACGUUUACCUGGGGAAACCCAGCCUGAACCGACCCAUCCGGGCCUCUGAAACGCUGCCAAACAACCAGACGAAAUCUGUGCACUUCUGGUUUGCCACAGGAGGGGCUGGGUUCUGCAUCAGCCGCAAGCUGGCAAGCAAGAUGGUGCCGUGGGCCAGUGGCAGGAACUUCCUGAGCACUUCAGAGCUCAUCCGCCUGCCGGAUGACUGCACCGUGGGUUACAUCAUUGAGUGCAAAGUCGGCGGGCAGCUGCUGCCCAAUGCGCUCUUCCAUUCCCACCUGGAGAACCUGCAGCUCAUCUCCCCCUCUCGGCUCACACAGCAGGUCACCCUCAGCUACGGUGUCUUUGAGAACAAGCUCAAUGUUAUUGAACUCAGCGGCCCCUUCUCACACCAAGAGGAUCCCUCAAGGUUUCGAUCACUCCACUGCCAUCUCUAUCCGGACACCUCCUGGUGCCUGCAGGCUGUUGGCUGGUGAUGCCCGAGC